AGCUGACGGGUGAAGCGUGAGUGCGUCGUGCUGUGCGCACACUGUUAGAACACGCCGAUGCUGGCUGUGGAGUAGCGCGUUCCCUGUUGUUAGAUACCUCUGGGACGGCUUAAACGGGUUUGGCCGGAUUGAACUAACAGGUCUUUUUAAAAUUGACUUUACCUUCGUUACUCUCCUCCCCCUGUGCGCAUUCAGCACGACCUGCUGAUUACCCAUGCGACCAAGACGCAGCAUUCUUCCCAGGCAGACUGGUGAUGCAGAGGCACCUCCGACGCAGUCCUCCGUUUUUGUGUUCGUCAUGCGGGACGCUUGCCCGGCUUUUGUAACUUUUCUGUGUAAUUGCCGGAUGGCAGCGUGAGGCGAAUGCCUUCAUCUGAGCGGUGCACACUGUGGACGAAGUCCUGAGCUCGACUCCGCUAGAUCGAGAGCAGUAGGACAGAUACAGAGGAGCGACGCCCUUUUAAAUGAGGGGAGACGUUCACUGCCCGGCUUGCCCUGUAAGAAAUGCGCCAGUGUGGACCUGCGAGUUGGGGACCUUGGUGUGACAAAACGACCGAGUGACGGACUUUGCGUGCUGCCGUUACAGAGGUUAACAGAGCUGGAAACAGACAAGGCUAUCGGCAUUUCAUAGCCGACUCAUUGUAACUGGAAGGAGGCAACGGAUCCCACGUGAAAGCGGCUUUCUUCUCCUUUUAGUGGAGUGGAGAUUUUUUGAUCGUUUCUUACGAAGGCUCAGAAUGACUAAAAGUGAAAAGAAAAGUGGCGCGCCAUCCGCGGAAUACUUAUCUGAGGACCACAUGAAUGGAUCUAUGGAUGUGGGGGUGUCCAAGUCUGGCGAUGUCCCCAGGGUCAGGGCCUCCAAGCAGCUCUCCAGGGAGAACAGUUUCCGCAAGCAAGUGGGGCCCCAAGUCUUUGAUGAUGGGACCAAUACUUUCUUUUGGAGAGCCCACACAUUGACCGUCCUUUUCAUCUUGACAUGUACUUUGGGGUAUGUGACAUUAUUUGAAGAAACUCCUCAGGACACGGCCUACAAUACAAAGAGAGGGAUCAUUGCAAGCAUAUUGGUCUUCCUGUGCUUUGGAGUAACUCAAGCCAAAGAUGGGCCUUUCACUAGACCACACCCAGCUUAUUGGCGUUUUUGGCUCUGUGUCAGUGUGGUUUAUGAACUCUUCCUCAUAUUCAUUCUGUUUCAGACUGUGCAUGAUGGACGACAGUUUAUGAAGUACAUUGACCCAAAGCUGGGCGUACCAUUACCAGAGAGAGAUUAUGGAGGAAAUUGCUUAUUAUAUGACCCAGGAAACAAAACCGAUCCCUAUCACAAUGUCUGGGACAAGUUGGAUGGCUUUGUUCCUGCACAUUUUAUUGGCUGGUAUAUUAAGACACUGAUGAUCCGGGACUGGUGGAUGUGUAUGAUCAUCAGCGUCAUGUUUGAAUUUCUUGAGUACAGCCUAGAGCAUCAGCUACCCAACUUCAGCGAGUGUUGGUGGGAUCAUUGGAUUAUGGAUGUAGUUGUCUGCAAUGGCUUUGGAAUUUAUUGCGGGAUGAAGACACUGAAAUGGCUCUCUAUGAAAACUUACCAAUGGCAGGGUCUGUGGAACAUUCCAACUUACAAGGGAAAGAUAAAAAGAAUUGCAUUCCAAUUUACUCCAUAUAGUUGGGUGAAGUUUGAAUGGAAGCCAGCAUCUAACCUGAGAAGAUGGCUGGCUGUCUGUGGAAUCAUUUUUGUGUUUUUACUGGCUGAACUUAACACCUUCUACCUGAAAUUUGUUCUUUGGAUGCCCCCAGAGCAUUACCUGGUUCUACUUCGUUUAGUUUUCUUUGUCAAUGUUGGAGGUGUAGCAAUGAAGGAAAUUUAUGACUUUAUGGAUGAUCCAAAAUUCCAUAAAAAGUUGGGACAACAAGCCUGGUUGGUUGCUGCAAUAACAGCCACAGAAUUUCUCAUUGUGGUUAAAUACGACCCUCAUACCAUUACAUUGCCACUCCCAUUCUACAUCACCCAGUGUUGGAUUUUGGGUAUUAUUCUCAUCCUUACAUGGACGAUAUGGCGAUUCUUUAUACGGGACAUUACACUGCGAUACAAAGAGACAAGAAAACAGCAGCAAGAGAAUAGCACAGAGAACGAAAAGCCCCUGAGCAACGGUAAAACCAAUUCUACGGUUCGCAGCAAAACGAACAGUGGAGAGGAACUCUGGCUUGGAAAAUCUUGAGAUGCAUCGUGGGAUUGCUGCGAUGCUUAUGACAGGCCAAGCAAUGCUGCUAAUUCAAAGACUGUUAACUUCAGGAUAACAGGGCUUAUUAGAGAGAUGCAUUUUUAAUAGAAAGCCAUGCCUUGAUGUAAGAAAUCUUGAAAUGAAUGGACUUUAUCAAGCCGUAAAUAAUUAUGUGAUAAUCCUCUUAAACUACUGAAAGUUGGGUGUUGGAGAUUAGUGAGUGUUUUCUGAUUGAGUGUUGGUGGGUUUUUGAAAAGGAGUGUUAGACUGACAAUAUAUUCAAAAUAUAAAACUUUUUAAAAAAGGGUAAGGCAAAACAACUGUCCUCUUCUUUUAGUUGCAUAUUUGUUUUUAUAUGUUUAAAUUUACAGAAGAGCAAAUGCGAAUGUAUUGGAAGGUGUGUGGGUGGGUUUUUUUUUUCUUUUUUUGUUGGUAAUUGGGAAAAUGUGUGUCGCUUUUUUUGUUGUUGUUGUUGGUUCCCAUUUUUGGGCAAGUGCUCUCUCCUAGCACUGGAAGCAUCCAUUAUUUCAUCUGAAUUUAGCUUAAGGUAACCGUUUUUAUUAGAGAUUUAAUUUCUUUGAUGAUGAGCAACCUCGAACAAUUUAAUCAUCGUGGCCAACACACAGCUAACAAAAUUGAUCCACCCAUGUAUUUGUUUACAUAUCAGGACAUUGGUCUUAACAAUAAAGUACAUUCAAAAAUAAAGUAAUCUUUGCAUAUCAGGCACCAAAGAUGACUCCUAUGACAAUGGGUGUUGCAGCGGACAAUGGCCAAGGUGUCUGCAGUUGUUUACCAAACAUCACUGUAAGUGUUUUCAUCACAAAUAGAAUCUUCAGUGUCAUUUAGGAAAAAAUGCAGUUAGAGUAGGAUGACUGAACAGCAGAGGAAAAGAGUACUGCGGAAUCAUUGUGGAGUACAUUGUGAGAAUAUUCUGUGUAACACUAUCUAUACCCUUUACUGAGACACUAAAAUUAAUAUUCUUGAAGACAAUCACAGUGGCAUUAUGUACUGUAUUAUGCACAAGUGCUUUACAGAAUGGUGUUUGUCAGGUCAACCAGGCAGAUCUAACUGCUUAUGAUGAUGUGACACAUUAAAAAAUACACAGCCAUAGGAAGAAAUCAAACAAAACAGGGAAAGAUGAUCCUAACCUACAUUCAAACAAAAAUGUGUUUAUUCUCUGCUUGCAGUGUGUAAUCCUUGAUCUAAGAUGAUCUCCUCUUCUGUAAAGAACACAGAUUCGCAUAAACAAUGCAUAUCAAAUGCAGUCAGCACUGAACAUGUUUGUCUGUUUAUCAGCCCACUAUGUAUUGUCUUCAUUAUUCACCUGGUAGAUCUUAAUGAUCCAUCCAUCCAUUUUCCUAACCUGCUUAUCCAAGGCAGGUUCCUGAAGCAGCUGGAGUCUAUCCCAGCAACUAUUGAGUGCAAGUCAGGAACACUACAUAGACAAGACGCCAGUCCAUCACUGGGCCAGCACACACACACACACCCUCUCUAGUAUGUUCUUCCAAGUUAUGUUUUUGUCUUAUUAGUUUUAGUAUUAGGAUGUGGGUUAGUGAAUGACACAGGCACGGAAUAGAGCGCAUCUUCUCAGACUUUUAUUAUUUCAGCUGCAUUGUUCACAUUGUAUAAGUACAUACCUUUAAGCAACAUUUGUUUAACUGUAAAUGUUAAAUUAUGGUAACAGUUUUUUCUUUAAAAUAUUAUGUUACCUUAGGGACAUUGGUAAAUAAUUUUUAGCAUGUAUACCCAAAGCCCUUGGCUGCUCUUAUUGCCACAGCUGUCAUCUUUGCUUUACACUAUGUAACAUUUAUUUUUGAUUGUAUCUUAUUUAUUGUAUAUUUAUAUACUCGUGAGGUAUGAUCAAAACGUUCUAAGACUUGCGUCAGUUAUAGGUGGUAAUAAUGAGCCAGUGAACUAUGUGGUGUUAUGUCCAACAGAGAAAUAUUAACCCAUCCUAGAAAUAACUUGAUUCCUCCAUGAGAGAAGCGUUUUCAGAGAUGGUCUUAGCUGUCGCCCCUAUCAUAAUUAAAAUGGAUAGAAUAGAGGAGCAGUAUGUGCACAUCAAGUGUUGUUGGGAAGAUAAUAAAAGUGGCACAGAAGUCCUCAGAAUGUGUUGGUAGUGUUUAUCUUAGUAAGGAUCUCAUUUAUCACUGGAAAAAACAUGUCCAAGAUGAGAGAGGAUUCUUUAAAGAUGGUGCACAUUCAGGGUAGCCUUCAACAUCCAUGGUUGUAAAGUUGAAAGGAAUAAUUCAAAAUGAUCAAAUCUGUAAUAGUUUACAGGCAAAUGCAAGUACAAACUUUCCAGAUUACAUCUCACACACACAUACAGACAUGGAUUUGUUUAAACACACAGUCUACCAAAACAAAUUGAUUAAAGCUGAUGGCACAUUAAGUGAGCUCUAGUCAUGGAAUAUGUCAGAUACGAGAACCACAGUCACUGUUCUCAUCACCAGCCCAUGUGAAUUUAUACCACUGAAAAUCGUUUGCUGUGUCACAUUUAGUGAUCGCAUGCCAACCCUCCAGCACAACAGUCGUGGACACCACUUUUUGUGACAGCCAGUAGCAUGCUGCCUGACAGAGCUGGUACUGUAUAAAACGUUCAGUUGCGUCGAGUUUAACAGCAGUCAUGGCCUUUUUUUACUUAUUCUAUGCUGCCUGAUGGAGUGAUUGUACCUAUGGGUUAACAGAUAUGUUCACCUAAAAGCUCAGCCCCGUUUUUUUUUUUUUCUUAUCUUUGACUUUUUUCCUUUCUACCUUAGUAUGUAAAACAUAAGACAUCAGAUAAAUAAUCUUUUCUUCUGAUUAACAUCUGUGUUCCCUAUUCCUCGUCACUGCAUUCUAUGUAUUGUACUUCCGGAUGAGCACUCAUUGUUUAUCAGCUCUCAUGCACUCAGAACCCACCCCUCCAACUAAAGGCAAAUUCAAACUUGUUAGAUUGUAUCGGGGUGAGUUGCAUACUAGUUGGGCUAAGUCACUGGAUACGUUACGUUUAGCAAUUGGCUUUAUGGGAGCACCGUUGACUGCCACCAACUCGCUAAGAUAAGGCUACAAUUGAAAAUCGUAGUGAAAAAUUGCCUAAUGUGACAUGGCCUUAACAAAGAGGGAACCUAAAAAGUAUCUGUCCAUUGACAUAAUCAUUGAACAAUGGCCAGUUGACAACAGCAGAUAGAAAAAGUAAAAAUCCAGUCAGCAGUAUCCCUGAGGAAGAUAAACACCUGGAGAGUCUACAGGGGCAGCCAAAGUGAAAAUGAGACACUCCUUGUGUGAUUUUGGGCAAAACAAGAAAUAAAUUGUUGUUAUUGCUAAAACUCAAGUCAGACACUCAAGUCAGAAGGCCUUGGCCUACCGGUCACCUGCCCCCUUCUGCCAUUCUACAGUGGACGCUGUGCUGGGCCAUCUAAUCUGACAACAAAAUCUUUUCAUCCAUUAAUUCAAAGGUUCACAGUAUUUCAGGUGAUUUUCCUGUGAGUAUUUAAACCAUCUGGAAUGAAAUUCUGCAUCUACUCCCAAAAAUCAAAGUAAACCUGACCUGCGAGAAAUUUGAUAACAUUCCAACCAUCCUAAAUAGUGCAAGAACAGAAUUUAGCCUUAUCACAGUUGAUUGAUUACUUGUCAUUUCUGAAAAGUACAGGGACAGUAUAAUCAUUGAGGGAAUUACAUUGAAGGUGACAGCACAAAGUGAUGUUUAGAUUUUAUUAUUUGAUAUAAAUGAAUGUUUUGAUCACCCCUCAUGUAUAUAAACACAAUAUCAUACAUUGCAUUUAUAUUGCUCUGUUUUAAGAAUGUUACAUUAGCCUGUAGCCUAUGCCUUUUCAAAGAUUAGCCUCUGAAAUGUAACACAUGUCCAGUUUGCAUGAAACAUUAGGAACCCAUCUGUCUUUGGUGAUAUUCCAUGUGAACUUGACAGAUUUUUAUUUUAUUUUGGAAACAAUAUGAGUAUUAAUGCUGCUGUUCUACUUAUGAAGGAUGUUACAUGUGCAGUUGAUCUGGUGUAGUGAUUUGAACCCUGGUGAUAUUAGUCCCACUGUAUGUUGUAUAUUUAUUAUGGUGGAUGAUGUUCUACAUGUAACUGUACACCAUUCUUGUGAUCUUGUGGACUUAAUUAUUCACCAGUCACCCAAAUCAGCCAGUUGCUAUUAUUUCAAUGCUGUUAUCAAAACAUGUUGCACAUUUAAAUCUGUACACAACAGAAUGUCUGGGAUUUUAUAUUUCCACCUUUAUGGAUCUUGGAGGGGAAUAUAAUCCUGUACAGUAGUUGUGUUCAUAUUUACAAAAUUCAGAUUCACACUUGCAUUUGGACUUUUACCUCAGAUUUGCUUAUGUGGUCUCACUAAGCAAAUAAAACCUGUUGCAAUAAAAAGGUUGACACUAAUGUGUAGGGGAUGGUCAUUUUAGGUCGGUCCAACUCUAACAGACAUGUCUAGGCAAACUUGUAAUUGUGGGGGGUUUUAUUUUGUAAUGUAAGUAAUGUUUAACUAUGAAGAUUUUGAAAGUAUUGAAAAUCAAACUUGUUGUAAAAGUGUGUCUUUUUAUUUUUUUAACUUUAUUUGCAUUUUUGUUGUUUAAUACUUUUUAACUUGGAACUAAUAUGUAAGAGUCACCUAAAAAAUAUGGCAAUGCUGUUACAAAGCUGAAAUUAUCAGAUCAUGUAUAUCAGAAUUUGGGUGCACCAACACUGCUACGUUUUCGUUUAAAACCGCACACAUUUGUCUCUGUUUCUGCCUUUUGUACCCCAUUAUCAUGGCAUUUUUAACUCCCAAAAAUGGACAUUUUUGAAUAUUCUCUCCAGAGCCAUAUAUUUCUAAAAAUGCCAGCUCAGCAUUGCAGAGUGGAUGAGUGAAAAUGUAGAGUUUUCAAAAUGCAGACUCAUAAUUGCCGAUUGGUCCAUGCUUCUUACGUGGACCUUCCCUGAUUGGAUCCUGCUCGUUACAUUUCCUCCGCUACUUUGCUCACCAUACCCUUGUGUGGUGCUCUCAACAAUCCCACUUCAUCAUCAGUCCAGACAAAACCAUCGUUUUUUAUUUUGUAUUUUCAUUUUUGCCAUUGCUGCUCUGCGUGUGUAAACACAACCAGCAAAUUAAUAUCUGACAUGGCAGACACUUCCUCUUCCUGUUUCCGCUGAUGUCUGCAUUCCCAGUGUAAGCAAACAGCUAAGUCCUUAUUGUUUGAAAAUGCUAAUGUGGGCAGGCAUCAUUUUUCAUUUUAAAAUUCAGUUUUUAAAUAAAACAUAGAAACAAUUAAACAUUGUGUAGCCUUUAUAGUGACAUUGAGGAAGUGCCUGAAGCUGCUCAAGCUGAGAUGGGGCCAAGUCAUCUUUUGACAGAGUAGUGCAGAAAUAAAAUGCCAAAUGGUGGGUGUCUCUCUAGACAGUAGACUUUGCACUAAAAUGGCAUUGAUGGAUAGUCCAAUCUCAUUUUAAAAGCAGUUUGGAAGGGAACAACAUUCAUAAAGAAGUAUUAAAAUAGUUCCUAGAAGGUAUUUCAACCAAUAAUAUUGAUCUUCGUACAGUAGAUAUCUACAAUAAUUCUCAGAAAGCUAUAUUGAACUAAAGGAGAAAACUCAGAGGUUAGUCACGUAAACCUUGUAAUGGACAUUGUUGGACAUUGUACCUUUAGGCUUUAUUUUGCAGAACUAUUUAACCAGACCUGAAACCCAUAUUGGUGGUUUGUGAGAGAUUUGAGCAGACAACAGACUUAAAAACUGAAUCCAUCUAUUUAUUUCAAGCCAAGACCUUUAUCAAGUAUUGAUCCACUUCUCAUGAUUGCGCACACCUUGUAAAUUAGUUUAAAGAUGUCAUUUUUUUAACAAUAAAACAAAAUCGUGAGAUUCAAACAUUUUUUAAGGAGAUAAGCUGUGCACGCUAGCCCAGCACUUCUUUUCUUCUGUAAUAACCUUUCAUCCCUCUCAAGGUGUGGUUUCCCAUCGAAAGACUAAAUCAUGGUAAACUGUUCAUGCUACUUGAUUUUUUUAUUUAUUUAUUUUUUUAACUUCCAUAUUUAUGUGAGAACUCCCACAACUGAAUAGAAAAUGCAAUCUUAUCUUGAGAAUAAUUGUACCAGAAACAUGCGAUCAAAUGAUUUGUUUCCAGAUUCCUUUUUGUUGUCACAAAUGUGCAUUGGAAACAUGGAAGGGAAGUUGUCGUAAAUUCAGAACUUUGAAUUUAACCCCUGAAUUUAAACCUUUGUGUUUUAGGCUGAAAUAUUUCCGGUGACACCUCAUGCUCUAUAAGGCUGCAAUGUGAAAAAGCUAGGACUGAAAAUGUGUGGUUUUUUUUUUUUUUUUUAAAUUCAACAGAAUACACUUAACUUUACAAUACAAUUUCAUGUUGUAAAUGUAUAUAUGCCCUGUUUAUGAUGAUAUAAGUUUGACUUGAAAAAUAGCAAAGUUAUCCUUUAAUUUGAUGUCAGUCUUUGUCUUUAGUUGAAUUUUCCGGCACUGUAAUCAGGCGGUUUGUGAAGGUCUCUGCCAUCUCAGAGGCUGAUAAUAACGAGACUUGCAGCUGCCUUUAAUGAUGCAGCAUGGCUUAUAAUACACAUGGAUCAGAUCUUUUUUUAUUAUUUUGUAAUUUUACUUGUUUAUUUCAAUUAAUAUUUGUUAAGAAUAUGAAGUUUGUUUUAUCCCUUUUUUCCUCUUAAAUAGCACACGGGAAACAUUGUGGUGCCAACAGGGGGAGUACACAUUCCAUGUUUAACUAUGUGCAUUGCCAUUAUCAAUGAAUUCCUUUAAUAAAGUAUUCAUAGGUUCAGUGGUUGUAAUAAAAUCCUGUCCAAAAAUGUUUUGUUAAAUUGUCCCAGAGAAAUAAAAUAUGCACUUCUAAGAA